UUUGCCGAAAUCAUUGAGAGCAAACGUAACGAUUAACUAUAAAAAUAUAAAAUGUGGCCAAAUUAAGGAGACUGUGUGUGAGAAUUGGUGCAACAUUGAAAUUAGCAUCCAAAACUGUCAGAACCAGAAUAACACUGCACUCAGAUCUUAUUCCGUUCAAUUCAACCUAAAAAGAGACAUGGAUGUAAAUGAGGAUGUGAAACUUCGAAUAGAGGAAUUUUAUCAGGAAGGAAACGUCUCCAGUGCACUAUUUAAUUUAGUUCGCGGUUACUAUGCAAUGGAAGCAAAGCUAUUGGAAUUAAGAAUUGUGGCAAUUACUCCGCAUCCAGGCGGUCGUAAAAAGAGCUCAUAUACAACAAAGCAAAAUAUUGUCGAAGUUUCCGGAAUCGUUGUAAUUGUAACAGCUGAAACCAUCUGCGAGGAGGGAGCUUUCAACUAUUUCGGUAGUUGUGUUUAUUGUCCAUCGGGUACCUACCAGAUUGGUGAUGGAUGUCAGAUGUGUGGACCAGGGUACUUUCAAAAAUUUGUUGGUCAGACAAAUUGUGAACUUUGCCCUCAGGGACAUAUCUCACCUGUCGGAAGCAAUACAAUUCGGAAAUGUUACGUUCCUGAUGCCAAAAGCAAGGAGGAGGAUGGAGGUCUCUCAGCGGAAGCCAUUGCUACUAUUGCUUCUGCAGUCAUCGCAUUCUUUGCUCUUGUGCAAGCGACGGUGGUAGCGAUGUUAGAGUUUUCCAGAAGAACAUAUGGAAGUGAUUUGAAUGGCUCAGACAAUAAUAAAAAGAAAAUGAUUUACCAGGGGAAAUUUUCAAAAUACAAUAACCCGAGCUGUAAUUAAUUAAGAAUGCAUUGAGGUCUAUGGGAAGAAGCACAUUUUUAAAAAUAAAAAAUUAGGUAGUAUGAAUAUCAAAGAAAUGCUUUGGUGGAAAGAUGCAUACAAUUAUCAAGAAUAGAAAAAUAAUUUUGGAUCGUAUGUCUCCAUAUACCGAGUAUUCAGCCAAUAUAUACAUACUGUAUAUAUAACAA